AUGGACGUGGAACGGUCGCCUCUCAAGGAAAAGACCAAUCUGAAACCCCGGCGAAUUCUCGCCAAGGACUUUGAGGAGACGGCUCAGAUAUAUUCGCGUCACAGUCCCUCUCCACCUCCUAGCGGCCGGAUGGUGUCGCCGAAAAUGCAUAAAAGCCAGGAGAGCAACAUCACCAGCGUGACUUCUCAUUCACAGGCCAGUAUUGCCACAGCCGAUGCCUUCAAGUCGUUGUCACGACCCGACAGUAGUGAGGGCAAGGACACGACGACAGUGGCAGCCACGACUACAACGACGAACUCGGCAGUAACAGGCGAGGCUCAAGGCCAUGCUGGCGAUUUAACGAUGCACGAUAUUUCUGCGACCCACAACGACAACCAGGACGUGCCAUUGGAGGCUUCUCAGGCGAUCACCAAGGGCGACUCUGACAAGGAGAAUCACAACAGCAACAACAACAGCAUCAGCCAUGAGAACGACUCGUCGUCGCAUUCACCCACACCCAAGAGAAAUAACCAGGUGAGCGAACAGGCAUAUAAGCGUCUCAAGCUGGAAAACGUCACGCUGAAGCCCUUUAUCGACCCCAACACGGUGUUGCAACAGCGGUGUGGCCCUAAGAAGGAUGCCAACUGGAGAACCGGAGAUAUGCAACAACAGCAGGUGGAAGCUGCCCAUAACACGCUCAAAACUAUUAGAGAGAACCACGCUGCAAGUGGCGUGGUGGUCACGGAGGAAAACAACAACACUGUCGAGAAGGAAGACCAGAAACAACAUUCUUUGCUUCUGCCGGGAGAGCGCGUAUCUCAAGCUCGGCGAGAAGAAGCUCGGGAUCCACAGUUGCAGUUGUUUCCUUCGCGCGCAGUGCAGGAGGCUCGAGAGAUCAAGGUCCCUAACGAGUACGAGGACCACUUUCGAAUGAUUCAACAGAGCAAAAUGUCACAGCCAGAGAAGAUCGACAAGCAACAACAGCAGUUGGAGAAGCAACACAUGAAGCGUGUGGCUAUCGACAACUUGGAGGAGUGGCGAAGCAAGUGGAGACCCAUCAUGAGAAACGCACAGUUCUACUUUCUCAAGGUGAGUCAGUCUAACAUUGAUCGGGUCAAACCUCUGCUCGAUCACAUUGGAUCCAACAUCAGCCAUUUCUUUGAGAACAAAAUCAACUACAUUGUCACCCGGCAGAGCUUUGCUGACCAGUAUAAGGAUGGCAAGUUGGAAGGACUUCCCCCGGCUCUACUGACAGCACACAAGCUGCAACUCAAGGUAUGGGGAUACGAGAAGUUGGAGAAGUUUCUGCGACAUUUGCUGGGAGAAACUUUUGUCGAUAAUGCGCUUGGCGUUGCAGGGGGCAACAAAGAUGUGGGCCUUGGCUUUCUCCUCAAGGAGGAGCGCGUGGCCGGUCCAUCAGACCGAGACCCCGAAGCCCAUCGACAGGAUUUCCACUAUCUUCGAGGACCCCACGUGUACAUUUGGGACCUGGACAAAUCCAUGAGAUCUAUCAUGAUCAAGGAGUACAACAAGGACGACUUCCCCAUUUGGUGUGACAAUUUCAUGGGAAAGCAUCAGUUCCUCCGAGCUAAGGACGCACAGAAACGAGCAGAGAGCAUGACCGCCAAAGCAACUCGGUCCAAUUCGGGCAUGAAAGAUAUCUUGGCGUCCGGUGUGCAGCCCAUUUCUAACUCUCGAUCGAUUGCCCAGAGCGGAGAUGCAGGUCUCCGAAACGGUCUAGCUCCUGUCGUUGCUUCUGUACCCUCCAGACAGGUGUCUCUCAUGAAGCGUAAUAUCAUGCAUGAGCCCUACAGACCCAUGGAGCGGGAGGCCACUCCUCAGUCCCAGCCCUCUCAGAACUCCCUACCUGUCAGUGCUCCCUCACAAUGCCAGUCUCAGACCUCGAUCCACUCAGGUUCCGCGGCUUUCAAGCGGCCUUCUAUGCGACAGAACUCAACCUCCAGCUUCAACCAGGCUGCCGAGUGUCCCACUAAGCUCACCAUCACCGAGGAUCAUCUGCAUGCCACGGCCAUUCUGUUGCCUAAUGUGGCAGCCCACAUUCUCAACACCAGACCAGUAGUGGCAGGUAUUGUCGACCUGGCUGAGCUUGUCAUGUGCGCUGUUCUCCCUCAGUACGCUGAGAGAUCGCUUCUGGACAGAAGAUUUGUUUUCCGAGUCAUUAUUAAUGAAGGUAUCGAGCGACGCCUGGGCCAUGAGAUUGACGAGAAUCGAAGAGAGUACGAUCGUCUUGAACUCCACGUGGCUUCGGUUACUCUGUUCUUCGCUAAAAUGGUCUAUAAAUACUCGCAUCUGGAAAGCGCUUGGGACUAUGCCUCGCUGUAUUUGUACGACGAGCUGAUGAAGAAAAAUCUGUGUGAGGUGGCCGAGAGUCGCGAGCUCUUUGACUGCAGCAAGCUACUGCAAUGCUUUGAUGCUGCGCGAACAAUCCCCACGGUGCCAGAGCCUCAGCAGGAGCGAAAAGCCUGGUGCGAGAACUGCAAGCAGGAGUUCACCUCGUUCAAAGACCAUGUGAACAGUCGAACUCAUAGACGGUUCGCCAUGGAAGAGUCCAACUUUGCCCACCUCGACGACUUCAUUGGACGAAUGAAAUCCCGAGAUUCGCAUCUUAGUAUAUAA